AUGGACCCCACUACUGGGACCAACAAUGUCCUCAAGGACGAGAAUGAGAAACGUGGAGGCCCUUUGCAUUUUCCCGCCGAUGAUGAACUCAAGCAUACCGAGUCCAUGAAGCAGACUGUACUUGACGCCAAGAGAGCAUCGGACAGCGAGCAGAGCAUGAGUCUAAUGCAAGGAAUCCGUCUUUACCCGAAAGCCAUCGCUUGGUCUGUUCUAAUUUCCACUUGCAUUGCCAUGGAGGGAUACGAUGUGGCGCUUGUCAACAACUUCUAUGCUUUUGAGACUUUCAACCGAAAAUAUGGUGUUGAGAUUUCGCCAGGAGUGUUUGAGGUCCCAGCGAGAUGGCAAGCCGCGCUCAGCAACGGUGCCAAUGUAGGCGAAAUGAUUGGACUUCUCAUCAAUGGAUUCGUUAGCGAACGAUUUGGAUACAGAUAUACGGUCAUCGCUUGUCUGAGUCUGGUGAUUGCAUUUACGGCCAUUUUCUUCACAGCGCAGAAUGUACAGCAACUCUUGGCUGCUGGAAUUCUCUGUGGUAUUCCAUGGGGUGUCUUCCAGACCCUCUGCAUUACUUAUGCUUCUGAAGUCUGCCCGGUUGCUCUUCGAGGAUAUCUCACUACGUAUGUCAACAUGUGCUGGGGAAUCGGUCAACUCAUCGCCAUUGGAGUCAUUAGGAGCAUGGUCGAUCGAAACGACGAAUGGGCCUACCGCAUUCCUUACGCCUUGCAGUGGAUGUGGCCUGUACCAUUGAUCAUCGGAGUCGCUUUCGCGCCCGAAUCUCCCUGGUGGCUGGUCCGACGCGGCAGGGUCGCAGACGCGAAGAAGGCCUUGCUGAGACUCACCUCGUUGAAUCGCGAGACGGACUUUGACGCUGAUGAGACUAUUGCCAUGAUGACACACACCACUGCCCUCGAGGAGAAGAUCACCACGGGAGCCUCUUACUUGGACUGCUUCAAGGGUACGGAUCUGCGGAGGACUGAAAUCGUCUGCAUGGCUUGGGCAAUGCAGAAUCUUGCCGGCAACUCCUUUUCCAACUACAGCACAUACUUCCUGACAAACUCAGGCGUGAGCGAGAGCAAUUCAUACAACUUCGCCAUGGGACAGUACGGAAUCAACAUCGUCGGUGUCAUCGGAGCAUGGUUCUUGAUGUCUCGCGGCAUCGGACGACGAACCCUAUACCUCUACGGACUAUGUGGACUCUUCGUCAUGUUGAUGAUCAUGGGAUUCUUAGGCCUGGCGCCUGAGUCCCAACGAGAUGCAGCUGGACUCGCGACCGGAGGCAUGAUGAUCGUAUGGGCGGCUGUCUACCAAUUGACCGUCGGCACGGUGUGCUACUCUCUUGUUUCCGAAAUGUCUACCCGCCGACUCCAAAUCAAGACUGUCGUACUCGGCAGGAACUUGUACAUUAUUGUUGGAAUCAUCGCUUCGGUGUUGACUCCUUACAUGCUGAACCAAUCUGCUUGGGACUGGGGUAACUAUGCAGGCUUUUUCUGGGGAGGCAGCUGUUUCCUUUGCAUCGUCUACACCUACUUCCGCAUCCCGGAGCCAGCAGGACGUACCUUUGCCGAGCUGGAUCUUCUAUUUGAGCGCAAAGUCAGCGCGAGAAACUUUGCUUCCACACAAGUCGACGUCUUUGAUGAGACGGUCGACCAGAGUGUUCUGUCACAGUAUAAAGAUUCCCUAGCAGCACAGCAUUCCGAGGAUGUGAGCCAGGGUGUGGCUAACAAAGCAUUUCAGGGUUAG